UUUGGACAGUGAAUAUCUUGUUGAACCUUCUGGCGGCCUACGAUACUCGAGCGCUAUUUGUUUGCAAGCGUGAUGGCGGCAAAGCGCAAAUUAGCUAAAAAAGUAGUUGAAGAACAGGUAUCUUUGGGUCCUCAAGUUGCAGAAGGCGAAUUUGUAUUUGGAGUUUGCCAUAUUUAUGCAUCAUUCAACGAUACGUUUGUCCACGUAACGGAUGCGACGGGUGCUGAGACCAUCGUUCGCGUCACUGGCGGCAUGAAAGUUAAAGCCGAUCGCGACGAAUCUAGUCCAUAUGCUGCUAUGCUUGCAGCGCAAGAUGUUGCUGAAAAAUGCAAAACAUUAGGCAUAAACGCCCUACACAUCCGUAUUCGGGCCACUGGUGGAACAAAGGUCCGUACUCCAAGUCCUGCUGCACAGUCUGCCUUACGAGCACUUGCACGUUCAGGGAUGCGCAUUGGCCGCAUAGAAGAUGUUACACCUAUUCCGACAGAUAGCACGCGGCGCAAAGGAGGCCGAAGAGGUCGUCGUUUGUAAUUUCUCGCUUGUCGAAUACAAUGUGGUUUGAUUU